UCACCUGGGGCAACAACCACAACAAACCGCCUCCUGCUAGGCUAUUGGGUGGGGGUGGGCCAUGGCUGGCCGGACCUUAGCCCUGCGAUAUGGCCCUCCAUGGUCCCCCGUCUCUAGAACUGAGGUGCCUGGAUCCUGGCCCAACUGGCAUCUCACCAGCAGCGGUGUCGGGCACCACCUGAUUCCUUCUUCGCCCUUUCCCCCGCCCACUGUGCAGUCCACAGUCGCGGAGCCCCUGCCCCCGGCCGCCAAGCAUGACUGCUACUUAGGGGAUUUCGACGAGGUCUUCAACAGGUGGGAAACAACCACCGGCUCGGCUCACGUGCCCAAGACGUACGGUGGGCCCUUGGCGCAGCCCAGGGCCACAGAGCCCGCGGACCCCACGCGGACGGUGGGAAUCAAGGAUUUGGGUGAAAAGGCAAGAUCCUGCGGCUGGCGCCUGGCGCGCAACGCCGAGCCGCAGAGCGAGACGAAAGCGCAGUAUUUCAGCUGGCCCAGCCUGGCACCGCGUGCACCCUCGCCCCAGGCGCCCCAGCCCCCGGAGCUCAGUGACCACCACCGCGGGGGCCCGUCCCAGGCCCUCAUCCCCUGGACGAGGAACACAGAGCUGGCUGGCCGGCCCUUCACAGUGUCGGACAGGGGUGUUCUUAAUGGGCAGCAGCUCUAUCUGACCACUACAGCGCAGGACUUCCGCUGCUACACCAAGAAGGAGCUCUCCGGAUACCCUAGCAGGGACUCGCAGAACUACUGGAGCUCCGAGCAAGCACCCGGGGUCUGGGGCCAUUGCCCCCGGCCGCCUCCGUGCCUGUACUCCCUCCAGGCGCCGCGGAUCCGCGUGGCCCGUGCUCGCCCUGUGCCACAGGCCGUGCCGCACCGCGGGGCCCUGUCGCUGACCCAGGAGUCCUAUGGACCCCCGCUGCACCCGCUUCGCAGGCUGGACCGUUUCUGCCCGUUUGAGGCGCCCUGGGGUGGCCCCCACUGGCAGCCCCUGCCGGGCAUUUACAGCACCCCGAAAGCCUACAGCACUGAAAACUCGCGCUAUGGUAGCGGGAAGCCGGAGCUCGCGUGAGGGGACCUGCCGCGCCCGCUCAGCCUGGGACCCUCACAGCAGGGCGGGACUGGGCUCUGGACCUCCGCCCCCCUCGCGAGCCACACCCAAUGCGACACUCCCAGAGCUGGCCCUGGACACGCCCCUGCGGGAGAGGGGCCAGAGCUGUCCCUAAUUCCUAGUACAAGAUCAUAAACCGCACCCUCCUGGGGGGCUAGCUCGGAGCA